AACCUCAAGUCAACCGUCGCUAAAGCUGCUAUAAAGCCCGCAGACAGUGCGAUUGCCGUUGUCCCACACUGCCGCAUACAAUUGUCACUCUUCGGAAAAUUCGUCAAGUGUUUACUUCCACUGAGGGAGUGUUGUCAGUAUAUCUUUUGUAGCUGACAGAAGAAAGUCAAGGAAAUAGAAUUUGAUACUUGGGGAAUAUUUGAUUCAGAUUGACUGGGAAACUCUCGAAAUAAUGAGGCUAGAUGAUAUUUUAGCGCGGAUAGGGGAGUUUGGCCGUUACCAGUUAUGGGUUUUCCACUGGUACUGUAUGCUGACAGUCUCUGUAUCUUUCCAUCACCUGGGUCAGGUCUUUCUGGGGGGCGCAACCGAUCACUGGUGCAAGGUUCCAGACACAGUCACACCAAAUUGCAGCAAUGUUGGGGAUACUGGCUGCCUAUUUACGAACUCGAGCGUCAUUAUACCAGUGGAUGAUCCUAGUACGACGGUGAAUGAACACAACUGUAUGCAGUAUGAUAGCUACUACAAUAUAACGACUGAUACGCCGCUAAUUGAAUGUACCGAUGGCUAUGAGUUCGACCACUCUCAGUACACCAACACAAUUCAAGAAGAUUUUAGCUUAGUAUGCAGUCGCAAAGCCAGUGCCGCACUUGCUCAAUCAAUCUAUUUUGGUGGACUUCUAGUUGGAUCGUUAUUCUUUGGAUCUGUUGCAGAUAAGAUCGGACGCAAACCAACACUGAUCAUCUGUUGUAUACUACAAUCGUCUCUAGGGGCUCGCGGGCUCUUCUCCAUAUUACUUGCUAAACUUGGUGGUAAAAUUUUCUCUAAACCUGCUUUAGAACUGUUCAACAUACCAUAUCAGAAGGAAUGGAGUUCUAGUCAUCAAUGUCUAUAA